AUGGCAGAUAUGUCUUUAGCGGCUCAGGCUGCAGCAACUGUCUGCCUUGUCUGGAGCACUUUCGUAUACAUUGUGCAGUCGAUUGGCAUCGUUAGAAUCUUCUUGUCUUACUCGUCCCGACCCAAGCCUUCCGUUUCCUCCUCUCUCAAGAAAGAAGAUGUGCCUCACGUCACAAUCAUCCGUCCUGUAAAGGGUAUCGAGCAUGGUCUUUACGAAUGCAUCUCCUCCACGUUCCAUCAGGAUUACCCGGCCGAUAAAAUGACAAUCUACCUGUGCGUGGCUGAGAAGAGCGAUCCGGCGUAUCCGCUAUUGAAGAGCCUGGUGGAGGAAUAUCCCGGUUUUGAUGUGCAUGUACUCGUGGAGGAGGAGGACCCUCUGCUGCAUGGUCAGCAAGGCCGCAUUGAUAACUUGGGACCGAACCCGAAGAUCAGAAAUAUCAGUCGCGCCUAUCGUGAGGCCAAGGGUGACAUAAUCUGGGUCAUGGACUGCAACAUCUGGAUUGGCAAGGGAGUUGCUGGACGUAUGGUGGAUAAGCUAAUGGGUUACGGACCAGGAGGCAGUCAAGUCAAACCGUACAAAUUCGUACAUCUACUGCCCAUUGUUGUCGAUACAGCUUCUCAUCGGGAUGCUUCACAAGGAGAGGCUCAGACACUUUUGUCUUCUGGGUCUCUGUCUGGGUCUUCUCAUGUGCACAGCAACUCCUUACUCGAUUACAUCCAAGCUCAGGGCGGAGGAAGACUGGACGAGAUGUUUAUGGCCACGACUCACGCCAAGUUUUAUGGCGCAAUCAACACAACAGGCAUUGCUCCUUGCGCCGUCGGCAAGAGCAACAUGUUUCGCAAGUCGCACUUGGACAAGAUUACGGAUCCCGCCCAGAACCCAGCUCUACCCCCUGGUAAGCCCCUUCCUCUGGGCAUUGACUACUUCUCUGAAUACAUCUGCGAGGACCACCUCAUCGGGGACUACCUCUGGAAGGCCAGCCUGCCUGGGUUCAAGAACCAUGGUCUUGUUGCCGGCGACAUCGCCGUCCAGCCCAUGGCUGGGAUGUCAAUCAGCGCCUACUUUCACCGCCGUGCUAGAUGGCUGCGUGCGCGCAAGUGGACGGUGCCUGCUGCCACGUUAGUGGAGCCCGGUGUCGAGUCGCUGUUGUGCUGUGGCUACUUUGCUUUCGCUGUAACGACGCUCCCAUGGUUCAACAAAGUAUUUGGCACUGCUCAAACCUGGGGAGCGUUUGGGUUAUACUGGUUGGCCUUUGUGACCAUCUGGAUGACCUGCGACUGGUUCACAUACAACCGGCUACAUGCUGGAUACACUAUCGAGGUCGAUGAGAGCACCCCGAGAUUUGCAAGGGGUACAAAGACCCCCGGCGGCGCUCCACCGAGAUCAUUCCUUGAGUGGUUGCCUACCUGGAUCGGUAGGGAAUUGCUUGCACUUCCAAUUUGGACUUGGGCCGUCUUUUGUGGAUCUACCGUGACAUGGAGAGGCCGGAGCUUCACUGUCCGAUCUGAUAUGAGUGUUGUCGAGAUUGGUCAGCAACCAGCUAGCAUAUCCGAAGGUGGCAGAAGAUCUAGAAGUAAAGAUCGAUUAGAUUAA